UAAGAGUCCUCUGAGUAUCAGGCCCUUUUGAUCAGCCUUACCCUAUCUCUCUCUCCUCCUUUGCUGGACACAACAGCACCCAUUUAACCUAUCUCUAUAUAUCUCUCUCUCUCUCUCUCAAGAUCUUUCUGUGAUCUCUCUCUCUCUCUCUCUCCUCUCCAUGAUGACACCAGUGUAUCUGAACCCAGCAUCCUCUCCUUUCUCCAUGGUGGAGCAAGCAGAAGAUCAACGCCUAAAGCUCUUUAUAUCACCACCCUAUGAUGAAGCUGCUUCAUGUACUUCUUUCCCAUUUCCUACUUUCUUCGACUCCUUGCAAGAUCAAACACCUGGGACUACUUUUACUUCUCUUGCUCAUCAUCAAUCACAACUAUAUCAUCACAAGGAUAAGAACAUUUGGGAUUGUGGAACGAGUUACGAUCAAGCAUCCUCAUCAUCUUCUUUAGUUCAAGCUCAUGUGGUGGACGCUAUAAGCAACAAGGACCGUAGAUUGUCCAGAUGUGGUGAUCAUGAAAGAGAGACCAAUAUUGGAGGUGGGGGAGGAGGAGGAGGAGGAGAAGAGGAAGGUAAAAGUAGUAAUUAUAUCAAAAGGCCAAAGUCAGUGAAGUGGAUGUCCCCCAAGAUGAGGUUGAUGCAAAAGAUGACCAGCAACAACCCUGAUCUCCCACCUGGUACCACUGAUCAUAUAGCAGCUGAGAUUUCUGAGCAUAAAUUCCAAAUUCAUGCUCAGCCUCGAGAAAUUAGCGAAACCAGCUUUUCCAGUAAUAGCAACAACACUGCAGCUGUUAGGGUUUGUUCUGAUUGUCACACCAACUCAACCCCACUUUGGAGGAGUGGCCCUCUCGGUCCCAAGUCACUGUGCAAUGCAUGUGGCAUUCGGCAGAGGAAAGCGAGACGAGCCAUGUCAGAGGCUGCGGCUGCGGCUGCAAACGGGUUUGCUGUCGGCAGCGCCGACACUUCAUCUCCAAAGGGUAAGGUGGCCAAGGAGAAGAAAUCGCGGGGCAGCCAUAAGAACAAGAACAGCAAACUCAUCAUCACCGACAAUGCAUCAAUAUCUCACUAUAACAAAAAGAAUAAUAAUAACAAGAAGAAGAUUUGUUUCAAGGCUUUGGAUUUUCAACGAGUGUUUCCUCAGGAUGUUGCUGAAGCUGCAAUGCUCCUAAUGGAACUCUCUUGUGGCCUAAUCAAUAAUCACUCUUGAUCUUGAGCUUUGUCAUAAUUAUUUCCAUUACACCAUUUUUGUUUUUACCUCAUCUUUCUAAUUAGG